AUGACCUCGACAAUCGGCAUUCCCAUCAAGCUCCUCAACGAGGCCCAGGGCCACAUUAUCACCCUCGAGAUCACCUCCGGCCAGACCUACCGCGGCAAGCUAUUGGAAGCCGAGGACAACAUGAACAUCCAGCUCAAGGACAUCACCGUCACCGCCCGCGACGGCCGCGUCUCCCACCUCGACCAGGUCUACAUCCGCGGCUCCCACGUCCGCUUCUUCAUCGUCCCCGACAUGCUCCGCAACGCGCCCAUGUUCCGCUCCCGCAACCAGCGCGGCCGCGGCGUCGGCCUCGCGCGCGGCAGGGCGACCCCAUCGUCGCAGGACUGCUGGGCGAUUGCUCGCCGCAGGACGCGAUGCGGCCGCAGGGAGAACCCACCGCUGCGAGCCGAGAGCGUCUGCCCACCAGAUGGAGCCAACGCGGAGGACCAGCACGUCAAGGAAAGCCCCAUGAUGAAAUACUCAUGAACAAGAGAGAAAUGAAAAAUAGCGCCGUGCCGUGCGGGCAGGGGCGUGUCUGGUAUCGUGUCUAUCAGAAAGCUGCAGCAGCGUUGUGAUGCUCGAUGCUCGAUGCUC